AUGGCUCUUGAUCUGGUACUGACUAUGACAGCUACAUAUGAUGCAUACCCUCAGAGUGGUGAAGAUGCGGAAAGCACGGCCGACCCCGGCGAGCGCUCUGAUGAUUCUUCUGCUGGUCAUCUCUCGCCGUGGUCUGACGAGAGUUCCGAGCAUGAUAUCUUUGUUGAAACUGGUGCGAUGGAAUCUGACACCACAUUCCACACUGAAAAAGCACCAGCUAGUGAUCUGUCAGAAUCUAUGAAAGGGGUGGAAUCGACGUUGAGCCAGCUCAUCCGCCUUGGGUUCAAGAUCCGGCAGUCAGCGGAUACCGAAAGGUUACGAAUGGCACAUGCAACACUCGCAACCGAAGAGCAGAAAGCCCUCCGACAGGAACUGACUAUCAAGCUCUCCGUAUCUAGGAGUAACCCCAAACCAUCCGACGGUUUGAGCAAAGUUCAGACUCGUCUGGUCAAUUCGGUAUUGAGCCGGCGAAAUCUUGUGACGUACGUGUGUCCGGUUGGAGACUGCGAAUCUCCCGACAUCUGUUAUGCUUCAAUAAAAGAUUGGGAAUCACAUCUAUACCAGGACCACACUCAAAACACCUAUUGGCGGUGCCCGGCAUGCAGGGAGAGGACCGAUACCUCAAAUGACUUUGUUUAUCAUGUCCAACAAAACCAUGAAAAGAUCCUAGACCCAGACUUAUUGGAUGAUUUUGCUGAAUCAUGCAAGCACUCUGAGCUAGUACCGUUAAUAUGUCCGGUCUGUGGAGAUAGGAACAACUGUACUCUGGAUGACAUUGGCCAGCAUAUCCACACAUUCUCCCUGCCGCCUCUAUCUUGGCCGGUUACUGACCCAUCACCGGAUGAGGUACAGCCUUCUCAAAGAAUUGAGCCUCCAGUUUCGCAUAACGACUAUCUCGCCGACGAAGACGAACCAGCAGAUUCCAAUAAUGGCAAAGGCCACGAAGCCGCCCAUUCAAAUCGUUUCGUCGUUUCGGAAUCGAGACGCCUUGUAAACGACUACCACGUCGAUACGGAACAAAGCAACGAGCCGCUAAUACUCAAGGACAAGGACUGGGACAUCUACUCAGUAUCAGGUGUCGCGGCUGUGCAGAUGCUAGCGCAGGCACUGCAGUCGCUAUCCAACAUCACCGGCGAUGUCGUAUGCAUAUCUCCCGUAUAUCAAGCGGACUACUCGCCCGAGCUAGAUACUGCUGAGGCCCACGCCCUGCAGCUCGCAGCUGUCACGCGACGCUUCUUUCUCAAGGCUGCUCCGCCGUUUUCCAUCACCGAUUAUCUCCUUCGUAUACAUAAAUUCAGCCCACACUCGCCUGGUGUAUACUUGGCUGCUGCAGCCUACAUACAUCGCCUCUGUGUUGUCGAGACCAUGGUACCAAUCACCCCACGUACAGUACACCGCCUAGUACUGGCCACCAUCCGAAUAGCUAGCAAGUCGCUUGAAGACAAUAGAUGGACGCAAGAGCGUAUUGCCCGCUUAGGAGGGGUAAGCACAAACGAGCUUCGAAAGCUCGAGAUCAGUUUUUGCUAUCUGCUUAACUUUGACCUUUUCUUAAGGCAUGAAGAUUUGCAGCGAUCCAUGUGGUUGCUGCAGAGCACUGCCCGUCACAGAAUAUCCCUUGACGAAGGCUCAAACAGAGACAAAUCGAGCCUGCACGCCGGUGACACCACCCGAAACAUCGUCACGGCAUUUUGA